AGAAAAAUGGUAGUGAGAAACUGAAGAAAAAAACAUAAUAAUAAAAAAAUAAAUUAAAAAUAGAAAUCGCACAGAGUGAGAGACGGGAGAGAGAGAUGGGGAGAGAGAUAUAAUUGGGGAUCUGUUUUGAGUUAUAGAGGGAGAAAGUCUUGCUCUAGAGAGAGAGGGAAAGAGCAGACCAGGUAGAAGAUGGGAUGCUCUUUUUCGGGACUGAACGCACUGUACGACGUUGUGCACGGAGGCGCAGAUGUGUGGAUCAACGAAAACCGAUUCAGGGUCGUGAGGCAGCUUGGUGAAGGUGGCUUUGCCCAUGUCUACCUCGUCAAGGAGGUCCUCACCGACUCAUCUUCAGCUUCUGGUGGUGGGAUCGCCAAGAAAUUCAAGGACCCCUCUCAAGCCUCAGAUGAUGGAACAUAUGCCAUGAAGAAAGUUCUCAUUCAAAGCAAUGAGCAGUUGGAGUUGGUGAGGGAGGAGAUCCACGUGUCAUCUUUGUUUAGCCAUCCCAAUCUUCUUCCUCUUCUUGAUCAUGCUAUCAUUGCAGUCAAGCCCACACAAGAAGGAUCUUGGAAGCAUGAAGCAUAUUUGUUAUUUCCAGUUCAUUUGGAUGGAACAUUAUUGGACAAUGCUCUGGUUAUGAAACCUAAGAAGGAGUUCUUUUCUACCUCAGAUGUACUUCAAAUAUUCCGGCAGCUUUGUGCAGGACUCAAGCAUAUGCACAGUUUGGAACCUCCAUAUGCACAUAAUGAUGUCAAACCUGGUAAUGUCCUUAUAACACGUAGAAAAGGACAGCCACCUCUUGCAAUAUUAAUGGAUUUUGGAAGUGCUCGUCCUGCAAGAAAGCAAAUUCGCUCUCGUUCGGAGGCACUGCAGCUGCAGGAAUGGGCAUCUGAGCACUGUUCAGCACCUUUCAGAGCUCCUGAGUUGUGGGAUUGCCCAAGCCAUGCAGAUAUUGAUGAAAGAACUGAUGUCUGGUCAUUGGGAUGCACUUUAUUUGCAAUAAUGUAUGGUGGUGCAUCUCCAUUUGAGUAUGCACUUGGAGAAUCUGGAGGAAGCCUUCAGUUGGCCAUUGUAAAUGCACAAAUAAAGUGGCCUGCUGGCCCUAAUCCUCCAUAUCCAGAAGCUCUUCACCAGUUUGUGACAUGGAUGCUCCAGCCCCAAGCUGCCGUUCGACCACGCAUGGAUGAUAUCAUCAUUCAUGUUGACAAAUUGAUCUCAAAGUUUUCUCACUGAAAAAAUGUUGAAUCAAUUCACUGGUGUACCAUUCAGAUCUCCAAAUUUCAGCAUGUUGGGUAUAUUAGUCUCAGUCACUGUGCAUUCUUCACUUUGUCAUGAAUAUAAUUAUAAGAAGGUAUUAGCAAUUUUUGGUUCUGCACAUGACCUGAUACCUCUGAAUACACUCAAGAACCAGAUCAAGUGGUCUAAUGGAUCCUUCGAGAGAAUUCAUCUUGUGACGCUCAUACUCGUGAUGAUUUUGCCCUUGUGGCUUUCCAUGAAAGCAAAGGGUGUAAUCUCUCACAUUAUAGUUUCUUAGUAUUAUGAACUCAGUUCAUUGUUUUACUUGGAAGUUGAAAUGAGUUUCAUUGUGAUUGUUUAAGAGCUGUCUUGGUCAAAAACUAAAUGUCACCUUGUUCAUGUUAUUGAUGUCUCUAUGGUAAACCGGUUUCAUGUGUA